AGAGAGCCGUAAACCCUAGUACUUUAAAUAAGUCAUACACACUCUCUUCUUCCAGACCCCUUCUUCUUGUUGUUCAUCACCCUCUCCUGUUGCAUUAUUUUCGCUGGUGGCUGCCGCCAAUUCCAUUUGGGAGGGACGGUUUCUGGGCGAGGAUUGCUGUUCUCGAAUUGGAGUCAAUCAUUGGUUGCUUCCAAUUCAGUUGCGAGGACUUGUUUUGAUUUGGGUUUUGGUUUUCCUUCGUCGAAUCUUUUGUUCUUGGGAGUGAUAUGGAUCUUCCCAGUUUGGUCGUGAUUCUUCAAGCUGCUCUCAGCCCCAAUCCCGAUGAAAGGAAGGCUGCUGAGCAGAGUUUGAAUCAGAUUCAGCAUACCCCGCAACAUCUGGUGAGGAUGCUAUUGAUCAUUGUGGAUAAUAAUUGUGACUUGGCCGUUCGUCAAGUUGCUAGCAUUCAUUUCAAGAAUUACAUUGCCAAGAACUGGUCGCCCGACUCAGAUGAGUAUCAUGAGAUUUCUGAGAGUGAUAAAGAUGCGGUCCGGAAGAACAUUCUCCCAUUCUUGUCACAGGUUCCAUCGUUAUUGAGGGUGCAGCUUGGGGAGUGCUUAAAGACUAUCGUUCAUGCUGAUUUUCCGGAGCAAUGGCCGUGUCUUCUUGAAUGGGUGAAGGAAAAUUUACAAGCUUCAAACGUUUAUGGGGCUUUAUUUGUGUUGCGGAUUCUUGCUAGAAAAUAUGAGUUUAAAUCAGAUGAGGAGAGGACUCCUGUUUAUCGAAUUGUUGAUGAGACAUUCCCUCUUCUACUCAAUAUAUUUAGCGGACUUGUCCAGAUUGGUAACCCUUCUUUGGAAGUAGCGGAAUUGAUCAAGUUCAUUUGUAAAAUAUUUUGGUCAUCAAUAUAUAUGGAGAUUCCAAGACUUCUUUUCGAUACACAUGUGUUCAAUGCUUGGAUGAUGCUAUUCUUAAAUAUACUGGAGAGGCCAGUUCCCUUGGAAGGCCAGCCUGCAGAUCCUGAACUUAGGAAAGCCUGGGGGUGGUGGAAAGUGAAGAAGUGGACUGUUCAUAUCUUAAAUAGGCUUUACACUCGGUUUGGAGAUUUGAAACUUAAGAAUCCAGAAAGUAGAGCAUUUGCUCAAGCGUUUCAGAAGAACUAUGCAGGGAAGGUCAUGGAAUGUCACUUAAAUUUGUUGAAUGUGAUACGUGCUGGUGGCUAUUUGCCAGAUCGAGUUACCAAUCUCAUUCUUCAAUACCUAAGCAAUAGUAUCACAAGGAAUAGUAUGUACUCUUUGUUGCAACCUCGACUUGAUGUUCUGCUUUUUGAAAUAAUUUUCCCCCUCAUGUGCUUCAAUGACGAUGAUCAGAAGCUUUGGGAUGAAGAUCCUCAUGAAUAUGUGAGGAAGGGUUAUGAUAUUAUCGAGGAUUUAUAUAGUCCAAGGACUGCUGCUAUGGAUUUUGUCAGUGAGCUGGUUAGGAAGCGUGGGAAAGAAAACCUUCCAAAGUUUAUCCAAUUCAUCGUUGGAAUCUUCAAUAGGUACGAUGAAUCACCUCUUGAAUUGAAGCCCUAUAGACAUAAAGAUGGGGCUCUUCUUGCUAUUGGAGCCCUAUGUGACAAAUUGAAACAAACAGAACCCUACAAGGCUGAACUUGAGAGCAUGCUAGUUCAACAUGUUUUUCCUGAAUUCUGCAGUCAUGUUGGGCAUCUCAGAGCUAAGGCAGCAUGGGUUGCAGGACAAUAUGCCCAUAUCAAUUUUGCUGACCAGAAUAAUUUCAGAAUAGCCUUGAUUAGUGUUGUUUCUGGGAUGCGAGACUCAGAACUCCCCGUUCGCAUUGAUUCAGUUUUUGCAUUGAGAUCUUUUGUUGAAGCUUGCAGAGAUUUGAAUGAAAUCCGUCCUAUCCUUCCACGACUUCUUGACGAAUUUUUUAAGCUUAUGAAUGAGGUUGAAAAUGAAGAACUUGUAUUUACUCUGGAGACUAUAGUUGAUAAAUUUGGGGAGGAAAUGGCUCCUUAUGCGCUUGGAUUGUGUCACAAUUUGGCUGCGGCUUUCUGGAGGUGUAUGAAUACUGCAGAAGCAGAUGAUGAAGCUGAUGAUUCUGGUGCUUUGGCUGCAGUUGGGUGUUUGCGUGCAAUUAGCACGAUUCUUGAAUCAGUGAACAGAAUUCCUCGACUUUUUGUCCAAGUUGAGUCAACAUUGCUCCCAAUAAUGCAAAGGAUGUUGACAACUGACGGCCAAGAGGUAUUUGAAGAAGUCUUGGAAAUUGCUUCAUUCAUGACAUUCUUUUCCCCUACCAUAUCCAUGGAUUUGUGGAGUCUUUGGCCACUGAUGAUGGAAGCAUUGGCAGAAUGGGCCAUUGACUUUUUUCCAAAUAUACUUGUUCCGUUGGACAACUUUGUAUCCAGGGGGACUGCACAUUUCCUCACAUGCAAAGCUCCUGAUUACCAGCAAAGUCUUUGGAACAUGAUUUCAUCAAUAAUGGCUGACAAGAAUUUGGAAGAUGGCGAUAUUGAGCCUGCUCCAAAGCUUAUUCAAGUUGUCUUUCAAAAUUGCAAAGGUCAAGUGGAUCAAUGGAUUGAACCGUAUCUCAGAAUCACAAUUGAACGCCUGGACCGAACUGAGAAGUCAUACUUGAAAUGUCUUCUAAUGCAAGUGAUUUCUGAUGCUCUUUACUACAAUGCAUCAUUAUCACUCAACAUAUUGCAAACGCUAGGUGUUGCAACAAAUGUAUUCAAUCUUUGGUUUCAGAUGCUACAAGAGGUCAAAAAGAGUGGUGUACGAGCUAACUUUAGAAAGGAACAAGAUAAAAAAGUUUGCUGCUUGGGAUUGACAUCUUUGCUUGCACUUCCAGCCGAUCAAGUACCGGGGGAGGCUCUUGGGCGUGUUUUUAGGGCCACCCUUGAUCUACUUGUUGCUUACAAGGAUCAAGUUGCAGAAGCUGCAAAAGAGGAGGAGGAAGCUGAAGAAGAUGAUGAUAUGGAUGGUUACCAAAGCAAUGGAGAUGAUGAUGGAGAUGGUUCUGACAAGGAAAUGGGAUUUGAUGCUGAGGACGGUGAUGAAGUUGACAGCAUCAAGCUUCAAAAGUUGGCUGCACAGGCCAAAUCUUUCCACCCGGUUGAUGAAGAUGAUUAUGACUCAGAUGAUGAUUAUGAUGACGAUGAUGACGAGAUGCAAUCUCCCUUAGAUGAUGUGGACCCUUUUAUUUAUUUUGUAGAUACAAUCAAAGCUAUUCAAGUAACAGAUCCAAUGAGGUUCCAGAGUCUUACCCAAUCACUAGAGUUCCAAUAUCAGGCUCUUGCACACGGUGUAGCGCAGCAUGCUGAGCAGCGGAGAGUAGAAAUUGAGAAGGAGAAACUGGAAAAAGCCACAGCCGCCUCUUCGUGACCAUGAGUCGAGUUGUCACUUGUAAGGCUAAAAUUUUGAAUUGCUCUCCUGGUCCCGUUCAUGUCCAUUGGUUUAGUAAAUGAUUGAUUGAAUGCAAAAAGAGUCGGUUGCCAUUCUCUUGAUUUGAUUGGGUUCAGUGUCCAUGGAUGAUGUCUGAGCCCCCAAAAGUUCAGAUCUGAAGUUGCUUGACAUGGUGGUGCCAGCCAAGUUCCCAUACCUAAAGACAAUGCAAAUAGUCUCAAGUUGCCAGAGUCGAUUAUCCUUCGACCCAGACAGUUCGGUUUGGGUCGAUGGUUCAGUGAGUCCCAUGCAUUGGAUGGCAGAACAUAACUGCCUAUCCUAGUUUGUCUCGUCUCAUUUUUGCCCAGGCAUAUUUCAUAUAGAAAGUUCAUCCACAUCUCCCAUUUUUUUUUCUCCUGCUUAGGCUAUAGGGUCUGUAGUAUUUUUGAUCAUUCAUUCCUUUUCUUCUUAAAUUAUGUCGAACGGAUCGGUAUUAUUUUUGUGAUUGAUUGUUUCUCGGCCUGUAUUCAUAAAGGUCUCGACCUCGGCCUGUAUUCAUAAAAGUCGAAGUUUAGGUUAGUAUUUCCCUCCAUCGGUGUCCUGGUUUUGCAACGGGCGACGGAGUUGGCUAGUUUUUUUGGGUUCGCUGCAGAGAGAGCUACUAAGGGUAGCUUUUGACCAUGUGGAUUGUGGCUGCUGCUGUUUUUGAUUCUUUUAUAAUAUAAAACUUGUGGAUGAAUGAAUGAGAAGGAAACCUGUUUCCUUGGCUCU